AUGUGCCGUAAGACUUGGUGCACCAGCCUGGUAGGACCCCAGCAAGCUACGUGGAUCACCUGCAGGACAGGCAGCAAGGCAGCGCGGCAGAUAGCUCCGCGGUGUAGAUCGAGCAGGACGGCAGACAGGGCCUUCUGCCAGGCCACCUUCGCCCCCGGGCGCCAUGCAGCACGCUCCCAAGAGGCCAAUGUGAUCUCCUUCAACACCACUGCAAAGGCCUUGGCCACUGCCAAGCAAUGGGCCCAAUGCUUGGCUCUGCUAGGCGCCCAGCGAGACGCGCAGAUUCCGAUGGACAUCGUCUCCUUCAAUACUCUUCAACACGCCUUGGCAGGCGGUAGCUGUUGGCAGCUGGCCUUGUCCUCGCUCCACGCCGCGCAACGGUGCCAGCUUCGCUGCGACGACGCCAGCUACAGUGCCACCAUCGUGGCCUGCGGCCGUUCCAGCCGUUUGUGGCAUGUGCUGCAGUUAGCGCGGCAAUCGCGGGAGCUCUCAAGCGUCAACGCUGCGAUCUCCAUCCUCGAAAAGGCGCGCGCCUGGCAACGCGCACUGAGCCUGGCGGAGGUUCUACAUGGCCGGGAAGACGUUGUGACCUUCACCAGCUUGGCCCACACUCUGCCCGCGCAGGAGCUCUUGAGCUCGUUGCGUCUUCGACGGCUGCAGCCCACGGAGCUCACCCAAGUGGCCCUGCGCAGCGCCGCGGCGCGCGCAGGCAACGCCUCGCGUGCGCAGCUAUCUGGCGAUGUUUCACCUGCUGUCGCGGUGCGCACCAGCUGGGCAACUGCUUUGCAUUGCCUCGGCCCUGCGCCAUCUACUGCGGAGCUGGGUGUGGCGGCCUUGAGCACCGCACGCGCUCACCGGUGGCGCCAAACGCUGCAGCUUCUGGCCGGCCGCACGGCGGCGCUGAAGGCCACCAUGGCGGCGCGCAAGGGCAGCGAGUCCUCCGCCGCGUGGGCGCUGCUCCCCCAGCUGUGGCCCCUGCUGCUGCUGGGUGCCAAAAGGGCUUUGCAAGAGAAGAGCACGGAGGAAGUGGCGGCAGCCGAAGUGGAGGAGACCUGGCGCAGCGAGGCGCACCUGGACCAGACUUCGGGCUACCUCCAGCGCUGCUUGGCCAAAGCCUCCCGCGCCGCGCUGGAACGAUGCCGUUCCGCCGUGACGAGGCCAGCCGCCAGCGUCUUCCCCUUGGGGAUCGAGUCGACCUUCGUGCUGAACCUGGGGCCGCUCAGGGCGCGAGAUGUCUGGGAG